AUGGCCACUGCUGCAACGAUUGAUAUGGCCGAUGAGGUUAAUCCUCCAUUAACUUACGAACCAGUUGAUGUGGAUAUCCCAGUCUCCAAAAUUUAUGGUACUUUAAAACCAAACCAUAGCCAACUUGAAAGUGAAAAUUUGUAUGAGUUGGCUUCAAAAUGGAUUAAAGAACUUAACACGAUUGUGAAACAGAUCCUGGAAGACCCUUCUCAAGAAAAUCUUGAUAAAUUGGACUCUAUUAUUGCACCACAUGCAUCUUGGAAAGAUCAUUUGUCUUUGUCGUGGAACUUUCGACAGUUCCACGAUUUAGAUAAUAUCAAGACCAUGGCCAAAAGCUGCUUUCCUUCUUUCAAGCUAAAAAAUUUUGAAAUUGAUACUACUGCUGAUCAUAGAUUUGACAAGAGUGUUGGUAUUCAAACCAUUCACGAAGCUAACGACAGUAAUCCUAUUCCUAUUCAAUGGGUCCAAAUUAUUGUGAAAUUUGAAAACGAAUUUGGUUACGGAAAUGGUGUUAUUAGGUUGAUUUCAGUAGAAGAUAAGGACGCGCCUUGUGCUUUAAAGGCAUUCACCAUAUAUACGGCCUUAGACAAUAUUAAAGGUAACGAAGAAAUUUUAGGAAGAAGUAGACCUCAAGGUGUAAACCAUGGUGAGAACAACGGAAGAAUUUCGUGGUUAGAGAAGCGUGAGAAGGAUUUUGAAUGGGGUAACGAAAAAACUCCUACAGUUUUAAUUGUGGGAGGAGGCCAGGGUGGUUUAAAUGUAGCCGCUAGAUUGAAGACAAUGGGCAUAGAUUGCUUGAUUAUUGAGAAAAAUAGUAAAAUUGGAGAUAAUUGGAGGGAUCGUUAUAAAUUCUUAGUAUUGCAUGAUCCUGUUUGGUAUGAUCAUUUAGCGUAUAUUAAAUUCCCUGAUGUUUGGCCAGUAUUCACGCCUAAAGAUAAGUUGGGUGAUUGGUUUGAAUCUUACGCAAAAUCCAUGGAAUUAAGUUAUUGGGUUAAUAAAACAGUUUCUGGAGCUGAUUUUGAUUCAGAUACUGGAGUUUGGUCAGUUAAUAUUGUGGACAAUAACAGUGGUAAAUUGACUAAGAUUAAGACUAAACAUAUUGUAAUGGCAACCGGACAUUCAGGAGAGCCCAAUAUCCCCACGUUUAAAGAUCAAGAUAAAUUCAAAGGUACAAUUGUUCAUUCAUCGCAGCAUUCUACUGGUAAAUCCUUUCAAGGUGAGAAUGCAGUAGUAGUGGGAUGUUGUAAUUCUGGCCAUGAUAUUGCCCAAGAUUUCUACGAACAAGGAGCAAAGCCUACCUUGGUUCAAAGAUCAACAACGUGCGUGAUUAAUUCAGAAAUUGGUUUGAAAGUCACUACGAAAGGACUAUAUGAGGAAGGCGGUCCAAAAACUGAAACAGCUGAUCUAAUCUUACAAUCAAUGCCAGUAAAAUUAUUGAACUUAGUAAUGCAACAACAAUACAGACAAACUAUGAUUCUUGAAAAAGACUUACACGAGUCUCUCAAGAAAUCUGGCUUCAAAGCUGAUAGUGGGUAUGGAGGAACAGGUUUAUUUGGAAAAUACUACAGACGAGGUGGUGGUUACUACAUUGAUGUGGGUUGUUCUAAAUUAAUAGCUGAUGGUAAAAUUUCGGUACAGCAAGGUAAAGAAAUUGAGCGUUUCACUGAAAAUGGCCUUGUGUUUUCUGAUGGUACAGAAAUUAAUAACUUAGCAAUCGUUGUAUUAGCUACUGGUUACUCUAAUAUGAAAGAUACUGCUAGAAGAAUAUUUGGUGAUAAGGUAGCUGAUAAGCUUAACCCCGUUUGGGGUCUCGAUGAUGAAGGUGAAAUAAAUACAAUGUGGAGAGAUUCGGGUCAUCCAAACUUUUGGUAUAUGGGUGGUAAUUUAGCAGUAUCUAGAUUUUUUUCAAAGAGACUAGCCUUAAAUAUUAUUGCUAAAGAAAGAGGGUUUGAUAAAUCUAAUUCUUGA